UGAGUCAUUUCGGUCAGAUGAUAAGGUAUUUGAGAGCAUGAUCAGAAUCUGUGUGAGUUGUAACUGUACGCUUAGUUAACACUGUUGAAAAACUAAUAUAUUUUUAUUUAAUAACAAAAUGUAAUUCUAGGAAUGGACGUAAAACUAGUGGCUGACGUUGAUACUAAUACUAGUAAUCUUCUGAACCACGUAUAUUAUGGCAGUCGAUGAUGAAAGAACUGAAAUUAUUGAACGCUUUCAUAAAGAGGGCCUUGACCAUAAGCUACCAGAUCAUAUAAAACUAGUACAUGUGUGGAGGUGGCUUGUGGAUGCUGAAACUAACUGUAUAUCACUGCGUCAUCAACUGGACAAAGUUCGUCGUCAACAAGGAGAGGAACUGAAGGAAGUUGACAUUUAUGUUGAACGUAUAAGAAAGUUGUCAGAUCAAAAAAUAUAUGAACUAGAAGAAGAAAAUAAAAGACUUCGAGAUGAACUUGAUUUAGAAGACAGAGAAAAUGGGGAAAUUGUGAGCCGUGAAAUACGACAGAUGUUAAUCCAAGAAGGACUCUCUGAAAUUGCAAACUUGGGUGUUAGUGAGCAGUUUGCCUAUCUUAUUGUUGAAAGAACAAGAAUGAAAGAGGAAUUAGAACAAGAAAGAGAGAGUCGAUAUAAGCGAGAACAUACACCAUGGAUGACAUCAAACCUUCCAGAUAGUGUUAAGCUUAACUCUCCUCAAGUACAAAAGAUGUUAGAACAACAAAAAGAUGAAUAUGAAGAAGAACUGAAGCAUCAGCAGGAAACCAUGCGCCUCCUGAAACAACAGUUAAGGCAGUUUCAUGAAAAUGAAUUAUCCCAAGUUAAACAAGAAAAGUCUUUAAUAGAAGAAGAAUUAAUUAGUGCCAAAAAGAAGAUAGAAGCUCUAGUUCAUCAGUUGGCCAAAAGUGAAGAUCGUGGAGAAGAAACAGAAUUAUUAUGGAUAAGGAAUAUUUUGAAUGGUGGUCUCCAGCAGCAGGUUGAUGAGCUAGAACUAGAACGAGAUGAGUUAAAAUGUCGUUGUCAUGAACAACAGAGGAAUAUCAGGGAACUGGGAGAACGGAUACGCUUGUUAGAAAAAACCAACACACAGUUAGAGUUAGAUAAUGAAACUUUAGCUUACAAACUUUCAGAAUCUCUUGUACAGUAUGAUGAACUAGAGGAUUACCUAAGAAAGGAGAAAACCAAAGCAAGAAGAGAAUCCAUGGUGGUGCAGAAAUCAUCACAGAUGGACUCUUUUCACUCCUCUUUGGAUUACAGAAAAUCUUCACAUCAGGAAUCGGUCAUGGCCGAGAAAAUUGAACGACUUCAGGGUGAAAUUAAUCAACUCCAGACUCAGCUUUCUUCAGAGGGGCAACAGCUUGAGAUAUUUACACUUAAGUAUGAGCAAAGAAAAGCCAGGUAUAAAGAAAGGAUGCGCCAGCUCAAGGAUUACAUUACAAGAGAUCAUACAUAUUCAAGUGUAUGA